AUGGCGACUCGCCGGGGAAAUCGCGAUGCCGGACGGCUCAUACUCACGAACGCGACCCCGUUCUUGUGGAAGAGGAGCCUGAAGACUCCGAAAGGCAUGAAAGGCAUGGGGCUUUGGUCUUUUCCCGAAGAGGUCGACCCUGGAGAAAGCGUGGAAGUCGGGAUUGCUUUCUCCAGAAAGAGCCAACGCGCACGGACCAUCCAGUUACCAGUUUCGGGCAGGAAUAGCCAAUCUGGGGAAAUCUAGCAACGUGCGUAGCUCCUCGCUGCUGCAGCCGAUCGCAGUGACACGCAUAUGCACGCGAAGCUGCUGAAGAGAGCUUCAAUUUGCGCCGCUUUUUGGAAGAGCCCGUCCCCUGCUUCCCGAGAAAUGACGGGAGGCGUCUGGACCCGAAUUUCGAAUUUUUUUGGUUCUCGCUUUCAAUCGGAAACUUCGCUCUCAAUCGUGCGAAAACCUUGUUAAACUCAGAUUUGGGGCGGGAGGAUGAUUUUGGUCCAUUCAGCAAUGUGCCCAAAAUAUGACUGUGCCCCAGCCAUAUUUUUUGAAAAAUAUCAAAAUGCUUGCGACUGACUUGGGCCCUCCAAAACUCCGACAGGGAGUACUCCCACUACCCAUACACAACACCGUCAAAACUGAUUGUAAGCUAGAACAACCUCUCAUUCCUCUCCACAUACUUUUAUUUGCUUUUUGUCUUUUUGUCUUUUUCUCUCUUUUCUGUGCCAGAUGGCCUCGUCUCUGCUUGCGUUGCGAUGUACCAAGAUUGAACCAAGGGGGUGUACCUCAUUCUCUCCGGCCCGUGAUGGUGACUGCUAGUCCCAGUUGCUAUCUCGUAUAGCGCGCAGAGGGAGUGGAGGACUCCAGAAUAUCUGUCGUUGAUUUCUAUUGACUUGCGGACCCCUCGGGUCAAUUUUAUUUUGAGUGUACCUUUUUAGCGUAAGUCAACCUGCGACCACGGGAAUCCACCGCGUCGAGUGUUGGAUCAUUGCGGACAUACGAAGGUACUGGGUAGAGGGAGAUCGGAACGGUUUUUAAUGUGAAGACAACAACAACAACAACAACAACAUACAAAUGAUGUAGAUGCAUUAAAUGAUGCACUGCCUUUACUUAUGGUCCGCGCUGCCUACAAAAAAAUGGGAAAGGUAGCUAUACCUUCUGCCGACACACGGGCGAGAGAGGCGACCAUGUUGUUGUUGUCUUCACAUUAAACCGUAUGUCAGUUGUCAAAUGCCAAAAUCUAGCAAAAGACUCUCAGCCCGUGGUCACGAAAGUGCUAGAGCCAUCUGAGGAUCUAAAGAACACGCACACAUAUAACGAGAAAAAGGUAUCCAAGAGCCCGAAGAGGUACACCUAAAAAUCCCUGCAGUACCGUAUGCGUGCCCAAAAACUGAACUGCACGUCCGUCCCACCGUUCGACUACAGUAGCAUCACCCCCUCCCUGUCCCACUCUAUACCAAAACGGAAGAUUGCCGACUACAGCAUACAUGCUGUCUGAAGUGCUGUCUG